AUGCCUCCUCUUCGCUGCGGUGCGCGAGUCUUCCAGUCGCUGCGAACAAGUCCCCUCCGAUUGAGCAUGACAUCCUCACGCUGUUAUUCCGACAAAUCUGAUCUGGCAGACAUUUUCUCUAUGAUCGGCGCACCAAAUUGGUCUGUGAAGUCGCUGCUGCCGAACCCAGCAUCCAAGCCUCCUCCGUCACUCACCCCCAAAGAACUACACCAUCUGCUGCGGAUAUCAGCGCUUCCCCAGCCCGCCAACCAAAAAGAGGAGCAGUCAAUGCUUGACACACUCGAGUCGCAGAUCCAUUUUGUCAAAGAAAUCCAACUUGUGGAUACCACUGGAGUUGAACCGCUUCCAAGGAUUCGCGACGAGAGUUCCGACGCGAUCAAGGAACAUACAAUUGGGAUCGAACAGCUGAAGGAAUACUUGGCCAAGGAGAAAACGUCCGGACGACGAGGCAAAAUUCAACGUAUCGUAGGGGUCAAAAACGAUUGUCCUGACGGGAUAGUAUGGGAUGGAGACGCACUGCAAUCCGCCACCAAAACGAAAGGGAAAUACUUUGUGGUUGAAAUCGGUAGCUGA